AUGGCUCAAAAUAUAAAUCCACACUACGCAUCGUCGUCAAAUCCCGCCAAACAGAAUGAAGACACUAUAAAAUUGAAGGACAAUCACGCUGUGAGCAAACGGUUACAAAAGGAACUUAUGGAGUUGAUGCGAUGCGCUGACAAGGGAAUUUCAGCAUUUCCCGAAAGCGAAAACUUGUUUAAAUGGAUUGGAACGAUUAACGGUCCGCUUGAGACCGUUUACGCGGGACACAAGUAUAAGUUAGCCUUGGAGUUUCCUAAUUCAUAUCCUUACGCGCCGCCUUUAGUAAAAUUCAUCACACCUUGCUUUCACCCUAAUGUAGAUUCUUGUGGUUUAAUAUGUUUAGAUAUCUUGAAAGACAAAUGGACAGCAUUGUAUGACGUUCGUACAGUCUUACUGUCGAUACAGAGUUUGUUAGCCGAACCUAACACGCAAAGUCCACUAAACCAGCAAGCGUCAUAUAUGUGGCCAAACCAGCCAGAAUAUAAGAAAUACCUAGAUGAAUUUUAUAAUAAACAUAAAGACUUAUAG